AUGGAAUCCAGCUUAUAUGCUCUUUUGUUAGCAAUUUUUAUCGACACAAUCCUUUUCUCUAUUUUCUUUGGUUUCUUUGUAGUGUAUCGAAGACUCAGAAGUCGCCCUCUUGAAGUUGAUAUCGAAGACAUCGAAAUAAAAGAGCCUUAUAUAAACGAAUCUCGAUAUGAUGUUUUAGAUAUUUUUCGGAUUGUUAAGAACAUGCAAGAUAUGGACUUUUUCAAAAGCCUAGGAGAGUGAGGAUAUCUUUACUUAGUCCUCCAUCGGUAUAUGCAGCAAAUUUUUUAUUCAAAUUUGAUUAUAGGCGUUGGAGUCUUGGGAAUUAUUUAUGCAUGUGGGACUUCUGAAGUAGAUGGAGGGUUAGAUUAUGUAAGCAUUGAGCAUGUUAUUGAUGACGAUUAUAUGCUCAUUGCUCCUGCGUUUUGUAUAUUUAUUUUCUCAUUUGUGAUUUAUUAUACAAAUAAUAAUAAAUUAUUAAAUAAAUUGAAAAAUUUUAAUUUUAUGAGAAAUAUAGCUUGUGGAGUAUAUUACAUUUAUAGCUUUUACCAACAGACCCUUAAGUCAGAUUUUUCAACUAUCGCAAAUUUGCCACAAGAAUACACUGUUUAUAUGACAAAUAUUCCGAAAGACUACCCGCCUGACCAAUUAUCGGAAAAACUUUUUGUAUGGUUUCGAGAAAAUUAUGGAAAAGGGGUUAGACAUGUAUAUGUUGUCCCUAAUUAUUUUAAUGCUUACGAGCUGUUUUUAGAAUAUGAUGAAUUAGCUAAAAAUUUGAAAUUUUACCUUCAUGAGCUGGAAACCAAACAAAUUCGACCAAGAAUAUGGGUUUUUGAUAAAUGCCCCAAAAAAGUAUAGAGGUUUCCUCUAUAUAGCGCUAAAAGCGCAGACAUUUUCCCAGGAGCUUUCCAAGUUCGUCGGACCAAAUCGCUUUUUGGUCCGACCAAGGCAUUGAUUUGGUGCAACCUACCGAUAAAUUCCGAUCAGAAUUUAUCGGCCUUACAGCGCCAAACAUAGGAAACUUCUAUAUGCUUUUUCCUUUGUUUUGUCCUGGGACAUAUUUUUUAAAUUUCUGAUAGAAAAUCAAGGCAAAAUGGUAUAGAUGCUAUUGAUUACACAAGAGACAGAAUGACAAAACUAUAUGAAGGAAUAGAAGACGCCAAAGCAAAGGGAAAAGGGAUCAACUGUGGAGCAUGCUUUGUAGUCUGUGGAAAUAAAGCUUUAGCAAGAGAAUUGUCAGAGCCUUAUAUUGCCAGAAAUGAAGAACUGCACAGCGAAAAAUGGAAAAAAAGAAUGGCCCCAGCUCCUUCUGACAUUAAAUGGGAAAACAUUGGUUUAACAGCUGCUGACACUUUUUUACAGCGACUAUUUUAUAAUACUUUAUUUAUUGUUUUAUUCCUUGGCAUUUUUACAGAAACUGCUAUUGAAAGAUAUACAGACGCAUUACUUGAGUCUUUUAGUGCUCCAGACUGGCUGAACGAUAUUUUGAUCCUUUAUAUCCCUUCCCUUUUAUUACUUUUCUAUCAGCAGGUCAUUUUACCUGAAAUUGUGGAUUUUUUGAUUUAUCUUGAAAAACAUGACAAUAACGCUGAAGCCACUUCAAGUGCGUUCAGAAAAUAUUCCUAUCACAAUUAAAUCUAUUUAUUUUUAAUUAUUAUAAUUAUAUUCAAUUAGUAUCCGUAUAUUUAUUUUAUUUAAUUUUUUACGUUUUCUUUUACCCACUUUUAGGACUUGAAAUUUGGGAAAUUUUUGAAGUCAUUUUUGAUGUUGACAAAAACUGAAAUGACGUGUUUGCUGAUGGGAUUUUAGAUGCAGGAGAAUUUUUUAUUAUUUUUAUGGUCCACCAAGCGUUUAUUAAAAAUGGGCUUGAUUUAUUAGUCCUUGCGAAGUAUGCUAAAGUAAAAGCAAGGAUGAUCUUAGCUACCACAUCUAUUGAAAGUGCCCUGGCAUAUCAAGCUGACGAUUUCAGGUUUCCUUUUGAGUUCGCUGUAACAUUGAAUACUUAUAUAAUCGCUGCCACUCUUUCUAUUGUGUAUCCUUUUAUUUUGCUCCCAGCAGCACUGUUUUUCUUUAUGAGGGUAAUUGUUACUUAGUAUAUUGUCCAUAAGCAUAAACAUUAGUUAGGCUUAUAGAAAAGUCUACUGUAUCUCCUGAAUGACUACCUCUGCCCAUAACACUUCCCCGCCUGCUUGCCAAUUUCUUUUGUGACAUCGUAAAGGUUGCUCCUACUGGACGAAGGCCUACAAUUAUUGCCAGUAGUUGGAUGAGUCGUAUUGCCGCAAUGCACAAAGCAAAGGUCCCCUAUCUUCUGGUUGACUCUGGGUUAAUAGAAAUCCGAAGCCCACGGUGUAAAUUCUGGUUCUCGCUAGGGAAAAGUCCUGAUUGUUCUGGCAAUUAGAUGCUGGCCUCACUGAUUACUUUUGUAACGUUCAGCUCCAUUUCCCUCUCGGACAAAACCUUUAUCUUGAAGAAAGCAUGCGGCUGGCUACCCAAUAUUCCCGGAUGCCAUCAAGGUCCCUGCCCCUAUUAAACAUAGGACCAGCUACAAUUGGUCCGCCGCUCCAUUUUAAUUUAUACAUUCUCCAUAAGCAUAAUUUAUUAUGCGUAUUUUUUGUCAAUAAAAGCUCAUCAGCGAUUUCUGUGCUAUUUUUGGUACUAGUUGGACUAUCAAUUUCUGCAUAUUUUAUGCAGAUUUCGACAGCAAGCACAAUGUAUAAAAAUAAUAAAGACGGGUAUUUGAUUUUUAACGCUUUUAUGAAUUGUUUCACAGUUGUUCUAUUUAUAGCCUUAGCCUUUGUGUUUUACUCGCUGGCUGGGAAAGGAAGAUCAAAGAGCUACAAAGAGGAGGAAGAAGAAAAAAUUCUGAUUAAAGUGGAUCCAAGGCUAUAUGAGCAUCCACUGGAUACAGCUAUUUUGGAAGAUCAUCGAAUUGAAUAA